UGACGUCACGGCCGAAUCGGGGCUAACGACGUCACGACCGAAACGGGGCUAAAAACGUCACGUCCGGGGCAAGUGUGAGGGCGAGGAGGGGGUGGGGGCAGCGCGUGACCCCGUGAGGAAGACUUCGCCAACUGCGCAUCCCACCGCUCCUCACACACUCAUCACCCUGCUGCUUGCUCCGGCUUCUGGUGCCGCCGCCGCCUCCGCCGCCUUAACGAGAAGAAGGAGGCACGAUGCUGUCGAGGGGCUGCCUGGCAGGCCGGGCGUGUGUGACGGGCCGGGUGUGUGUGGCCGGCGUGCGGGGCCUGAACACCAAGGAGACGGGGCGACCCCUGAUGCUCAACCCCCGCACCAACAAGGGCAUGGCGUUCACAAUCGCAGAGCGGCAGAUCCUCGGCCUGCAGGGUCUCAUCCCCCCGAAAGUGGAGAGCCAGGAUAUCCAGGCCGAUCGCUUUAAGGAGAACUUGGCUGGACUCUCUGAGCCACUGCAGAAGUACAUCUAUGUGAUGGGCAUACAGGAGCGGAACGAGAAGCUUUUCUAUCGCAUCCUGCAGGACGACAUUGAGCACCUGAUGCCCAUUGUGUACACGCCCACUGUGGGGCUCGCCUGCUCGCAGUAUGGCCACAUCUUCCGCCGGCCCAAGGGUCUAUUCAUCAGUAUCAACGACAAGGGCCAUGUCCGCUCUGUCCUCGACAACUGGCACCGGCCUGAAGUUAAGGCAAUCGUGGUUACGGACGGUGAGCGCAUUCUGGGCCUGGGAGACCUGGGUGUGUACGGAAUGGGCAUCCCCGUGGGGAAGCUCUGCCUCUACACAGCCUGCGCCGGCAUCCGCCCCGAGUGCUGCCUGCCGGUGUGCAUCGACGUGGGCACUGACAACGAGUCCCUGCUGGAGGACCCCUUCUACAUGGGGCUCUACCAGAAGCGCGACCGCUCGGAGUGCUACGAUGAGCUCAUCGACGAGUUCAUGGAGGCCGUUGUCGAGAAGUACGGCUACAACACCCUGAUCCAGUUUGAAGACUUCGGGAACCACAACGCAUUCCGCCUCAUGCGCAAAUACCGCGAGAAAUACUGCACCUUCAACGAUGACAUCCAGGGAACGGCAGCGGUGGCACUGGCUGGGAUGCUGGCAGCGCAGAAGGUGACGGGGACAACGCUGUCUCAGAGCCGCUUCCUCUUCCUCGGCGCCGGGGAGGCGGCCACCGGCAUCGCAAAUCUAAUCGUGAUGGCGCUCACGGAGCAGGGCGUGCCACCCGUGGACGCAUACGGGCAGGUGUGGAUGUACGACAAGCACGGCCUCAUGGUCAAGGGCCGAGCAGCCGGCAUCGACCAUAACCAGGAGCUAUUUGCCCACGCGCCACCCCCUCAGCCGGUCACCUCCUUCCUGGAUGCGGUACAGCAGCUGAAGCCAACGGCUAUCAUCGGAGUGGCCGGUGCCGGGCGGCUCUUCACGCCGGAUGUCAUCCGCGCAAUGGCAGCGCUGAACGAGCGGCCAAUCAUCUUCGCGCUCAGCAACCCCACGACACAGGCGGAGUGCACAGCCGAGGAGGCCUACACUCUUACAGACGGGCGGUGCCUGUUUGCUAGCGGAAGCCCCUUCGACCCGGUCACUCUGCCGGACGGUCGCAUCUUCAGGCCUGGCCAGGGCAACAACGCGUACAUCUUUCCUGGUGAUGCGCUUCACACACACACUGCGCUCGCACACGAAGACAAAUAUCCCCAGUAUAGACUUAACACUCUGUAGGAUAAGUGCUGUUAGCAAGCACCUAAUAAAGGCUGGCAUGGUACAUGAGGGGGUGGGUGGCUAGCACCAUGCCCGACCGCUUUUGUCUCCCCAGUAGCGAUGCUUAUACACAUCAGGUACUUAUUUGAGGCUGAGUCGACCUAGAGAAGGCCCAGGACCGGUUAAGAUAAUCGUCAUUGCUAUUGGCUGUGAGCAGGAAUCGAACUUGGGUGGAAGGGUUCAUAGCACAGUAUGCUGACUGCUGCGCCACCACUUCCCACACACACCAACAAUAACCGCCAUUCGCCACAAAGUGGUGGUGACAUCACCACAGCGCUUGUGCCAGGUUAUGUGCACUUUAAGGCCACUUGCAGUGUCGAAUGCCUGCUGGCAGGAAGUCACCGGACAGACCCAAGUGACAUGGGUUGACUGACUCAGAUGACUGGCUGAUGCACCACCUGUGCCCCCUCCUGUGCCAACUUGCUGUGUUUUAGCGACUCGGCACUCCGAUUGUUGUGAGUAUUGCUCCUCUGUCCUCCGUUGUUGCUGGAGGGCGACUGCCUCCAACUGCCCAGUAGCAUCCUUAACGAGCCUUCUCCACAGAGGCGAUCUUGACACCGCUGGUACCAGUCAUCGGCAAGUCCAUUUAACUCCACAUCCUCUUGUACCACAUCAAUCUGUCUCCUCUCUAGACCAUUCCUUGCCCAUUUUUCCCUCUCUAUCCAGCCAAAACAACUCUGUCUAUUUAAGGCCACCCCACAGAGACGAUCACCCCUCUCUGUACCUGUGUUGCCCGCUGUGUGUAUCUUGGUGAUAUCUGUCUGCUUAUAUGUCUGUCUAUAAUUUUUUCUGGUUAGAUUUU